AUGGCGACAGAAGAAGUUCAAGGACUGAUUGUCAGAGGCCAGAAUGCAUGCAACAGCGGGUUAGAUAGCGCCAAAUGGUUUGGAGUGUCUGGCGAUGUCACUGGAACGAAGGAGACUAAUUCUUACACAAAAUACGAGCUUGAACUUCCUUUAACAGAGACGGAUUGCGAUAAAGCUGCCGUACUUGAGUCUGGCGUUAGCACGUUUUGCGAAAUAGUACCAUCUAAGCUUCAACUGCCAUCUGAAACAAUCCACGAGAAAUCGGGACCUCCUGACGAACUGACGAGUGCCACAUACAACAGUCGGAAUGAGUCUCCAGCAUCUGAGUGUGUACAAGUGGAGCCUGACAAAGCAGUGGAUUUUCGGAUAGCUAGACCACCACACCGGAUUGUGCCAAAGUGGUGGUUGGCCAAACAUUACAACUCAUCUGCUGCUGGUAGGUG